UCAGCAGAUGGCACCAUCUACUUGGCCAUGUUUGUCUGGAAGUUACAGAACCCUUCAAUAUUAUCUCCAGGAAUUCAAAUAGUGGUGCCCUUGUCAACCUCUUAACUAUACUCCUGUGAUUGGUUCUACUGAUAGUCAUUGGCUUAAAAUUUGUAAAUGUGCUACUAUGCUUCUAUCAUGCCUGCAUCUUCUUUUAAACACCAGAAAUACCACAUGAUCCAGCCGCUCUGAAGGCCUAUGUCUCUAUAUGUUUGAAAUUCAGUGGCCAAUAAAACAAUGACAAACUUUUGAAAGCAUCAUCUUUUUAUGGCUUGAAUCAGUUCCUUAGCACCUAAAAAAAGAAUGGAAGGAGAUGAGGACUCUAAUGAAAAUCUCACUGAAUAUGCUAUUCAGUUUAGUAUCCAGGAGUCCCUCAAUACUGAACGGAAUCAGCAAAGGACUUCUCCCAAUCAUGAGACAAGGUUUGUACCUGUGAGUGAUCAGAACAGGAAACUUGUAGCUGCCAUAAGAGAAGGACUAGUCUUUGAUCUUCAAAACUAUUUGAAAUACAAAUAUGCUCUGGAUGAAGCUGAUGAGAGAGGCUGGUUUCCUUUACAUGAAGCUGCUGUUCAGCCAAUUCAGCAAAUACUUGAAGUAAUCUUGGAUGCAUCUUAUAAAAGUAUGUGGGAAUAUAAGACAUGUGAUGGAGAAACACCAUUAACUUUGGCAGCCAAAUCUGGCCACGUGGAAAAUGUCAGGACCUUGUUGGCAAAGGGAGUUUGGCCAAAUACCAUGAACAGAAAAGGAGAAACACCUCUUCUGAUUGCUGUAAGACAGAAAUCAUAUGAAAUGGUUUCCAUUCUGAUUGAAUACAACUGUGUCAUCAACCAACCAUGUGUUAAACGAUGGUCAGCAAUGCAUGAAGCUGCAAAACGGGGCCGCAGUGAUAUUGUUGUCCUUCUUACGAAGAAUGGUGGAAAUGUACAACAGAAAGAUGGAUACGGAGUAACACCUUUAGGUGUGGCUGCUGAAUAUGGGCACUGUGAUGUAUUGGAAUAUUUAAUUCAUAAAGGUGGUGAUAUUAACAUAACAGCUGAUGAUGGGUCAUCAAUACUCUUUGAAGCAGCUGGUGGUGGUAAUCCUGACUGUAUAGCUUUGCUGUUGGAAUAUGGGGGAAGUGGCAAUUUGCCUAAUAAGGCAGGACAUCUUCCAAUACACAGAGCAGCAUAUGAAGGACACUAUUUGGCUUUGAAAUUCCUGAUUCCAGUUACAUCCAGAACUGCAAUUCGGAAAAGUGGGCAGAGUCCCAUCCAUUCAGCAGCAGAUGGCCAAAAUCCACAGUGCCUGGAACUCCUAAUUGAAAAUGGGUUUGAUGUCAAUGUUCUUCUGGCAGAACACAUUUCACAAAGUUAUGAUGAUGAAAGGAAAACGGCACUUUAUUUUGCAGUUUCCAAUAAUGACAUUCUCUCCACUGAAAUAUUAUUGCAAGCUGGUGCAGACCCCAAUAAAGAUCCUCUCAAUUGCCUUCUGGUGGCCGUGAGAGCAAACAACCAUGAAAUUGUACGGUUGCUUCUUUCUUAUGGAGCAAAUGUCAACUGUUAUUUUAACCUUGUGAAUGACACUCAUUUCCCCAGUGUCAUUCAAUAUGCCUUGAAUGAUGAAGUCAUGCUAAGGUUGCUGCUUAACCAUGGGUACAAUGUGGACCUCUGUUUUGAUUGCAUGCAUGGCAGUAUCUUCGGAAAUUCUUUUUUGUGGCCAACAACAGAGGAAGAGAUAUUACCAGGAUGGACAUCUUGUGUAAUUAAAGAUAACCCUUUCUGUGACUUUAUUACACUUCCUUGGAUGAAACAUUUAGUUGGACCCAUUGUCCGCAUUUUGAUAGAUUAUAUGGAUUAUGUUCCUCUCUGCAUAAAACUUAAAUUUGUCUUGGAGACUCAGAAAGAAUGGCCAGAAAUCCAGAAAAUAUUAGAGAAUCCUCGUCCAUUAAAACAUUUGUGCCGUCUGAAAAUACGUAAAUCUAUAGAAUUAGUGAGAAGAGAGAAGACUCUAUCUGUGAAGAAUCUUCCUCUGCCCCCAAUUUUAACAGAAUUUAUCCUCUUCAAAGAAUAUGAUCUUUAUGGAAGAGAAUUACAUUUGGAAUGAUCAGAAUCCUAGACACAUUCCCUUACGUAUUAAAGUUAGCAAAGCUUUGGAUCAAAAUACCUAAAUUGCCAAAUAUGAGAUUGCUUCUAAUAAUUUCCUUAGGCCCAUGGAAGAGAUUUUUUUAUACCUUACGCCAGUGCUUUUUUUCUAAAAAAAGAAAAAAGGUGCCAGAACUCACACACGUCAUACAGCCGCCUUGCCUACCCUACAAGGUUCCAUCCAAAAAAGAUGCCGGAACUCUGUUCUGGGCGGUCUAUGAGAAAAAAAGCCCUGCCUUACACUUGAAUAUUUUGGGGGGGGGGGAAAUGACACCAGCUUCACUGCUUCAUUUUCAUUUGCGUCAUAGAAGCAGAAAAUGGCUUUCAACUUUACAUGUGUGAACUCUUAUAUUAACUUUAUACUUACAUACAGUAUUUGUAGAAUUGUACUAGUUUUCCCUUCUGCCUAUGUAUUUUGAUUUCAGUAUUUUUCACUACCAUCUCCAUUUCCAUAAGAAAUAAAGAUUGUUCAUUUGAUAAAAAA